GUUCUGCAUCGAAAAUGAUUUUCGAAAAAAUAGCUUAAAACUUUUUCAAGUACCAAAUUAGAAAAAGUAACGAGUUUAUCUUCACUCAGUCCAAAAAAGGACACUUCUCUUAUGUAUUACAAAGCAACAACAACAAUGUUUGAAUGUUAGGGGUAGUUUACGUUUGACGCUGCCAUAUUCCCAGCUAUACACAUGUUAGCGCCGCCCCUUAAAGAGGCUGUGUUUGGUUCAACACCACAUGCAGCCGCAGUGAUUGUGAUAGUGGCAGUGCCAAACGUCUAAAAUUUUCUUUCCGAAAUACACACAAAAUCGGCUACUUCACAUUUGAAAUUUGUUACUGAAGCUGUAAGGACCACAGCACUCCGUUCAAAAGGUCUACAAAAGUGUUAAUUUUUAAAUUAUUUGCAAUGGUUUGGGUAGCUGCGGGCGAUUCGGAGGAGCAUAUCUCCAAUAAUAAAAGUGAUAUAACUAACAGUCUCAGAAGCUGCAAGUUGGAAAAUGCUUCACCCAGAGCCACAGUGGAGUCAAGAUCCACUUCGCCUAAAACGGGCGCUGGUAAUGCUGCUGGAGAUUUGGGACCAGCAGUUUUGCCCACUUGCUUGCGUAUCAAUGCCACAAAUGGUAAUCCACCAGCAUUAUUGCAUUUAUCCGUUGCACAAGCAGCUUGUCUACAUCCAAAAACCGAAUCAAUAUCCGACGGCGAUCUGUCGGACUUUUCACUCAACGAUACUGAAGAGGACGAUGAAGAAUUUCGCAAUUGUGUGCUUUCGAAUGGUAGUCAGGGAGAUGCCUCGCGCUCGCACUCCACAUCACCGCGUAACAUGAACAUACUCCAGCCGCCGCGUCAAACCAAUUCUCCACCGAAUAAUAGUAAUAUUUUGAAGAAUGGUCCAGUCAUAAGUGGCGGUCCAGUGCGUAAGGUCUUCACCAACACACGUGAACGUUGGCGUCAACAGAAUGUUUCCGGCGCCUUUGCUGAACUACGCAAGCUAGUGCCCACACAUCCACCAGACAAGAAGCUCUCUAAAAACGAAAUACUCCGCAUGGCUAUUAAGUAUAUCAAGCUGCUCACUGGCGUUUUGGAAUGGCAGAAUCAACAAGAGGAACUACAACAACAGCAACAGCAGUCGAAUUGUCGUGAAACACGCGGCAGCAAUGAGUUAAACAACAAUGACAGACAUAGGUUGAACGGGCAUCAUGAGUCAGCGGUAAGCGGUCGUGAUAACGCAUCACCGCUGCGUCAAGUGCAAGUCAAGCAAUUUCAAUUGAAGUGCGAACGCGUCGGCAACGCAUUGUUAGCUAACGGCCAACGUAACAACAAUAGUCUAUUAAUGAUAGCGCCAAACGCUAUGUCGACGCGUCCCAUCAAAGUGGAGCAGUUAGAGGGUAUGGAUAUAGCUGGUCCUGGCUGUGGUUCGUCCAAUAGCUCCCCAGCAGUGGGUAUUAUUAUGUCAGCUCAGUCGGGCAUAACGGUUGGACGCGUUAAUGGCACUAACGGUGGGCGUUCAAACAAACGAAAGUCACAUUCGAAAUCCUCUUUGGACCCGAGUAGUGAGAAUUUUAAUAAUAAGAAGCGGAAGGAGAACUAAUUAAGUGAUAAAAAAAAAGAAAGUGUUGAUAAAAUAUUUCUCUGCACUCUUUGGUGUUAAGUGAAAUAAGUGGUUUAAAAUGGAAUACUAAAAUAAUAAAUACAUGUUUACUCAAAGUAUCUAUGAAGUAUUUUUAUUGAAAAUUAAAAAAAAAUUAAUGAUCAAGAAUUCUAAUAGUCCCUGGCAUCGAUUUAGAUGCCUUUGAUCAUCUAAAAGAACUCUAUAGUCCUUUGGCACUGUGAAUGUGGUAUCACUUUUAAUUGAAGGAUACCUGUAACUUAAGUUGACUCUGUUUACUGAUCGAACUUAAUUCAUUGGACUUAGCGCUCUGUGAGUGAGAGACUGCCUCUUCUUUUUUAGAAACAUUGAAUGCAAGUCCAUCAUAGUGAACACUUAUCGAUAGUUCUUUUCACAUUUAUGUACCAGUUUGUUUAAGUUAAGCUCUUUUCUACUUUGUCUUUACCCCGCUGUCCUUAAAGUGAAAUGUCACUCUGCACAAUUGCUUAUAAUUUAUAAAAAGUCCUGUUGGGAAAGUUUAUGGAGCUUUAUUCAAGCUACAGGAAGCAAAAAGCUCAUUCAACUUUACGAAAGCUCCAAGGGUGAUAAAA